GGUUUCCUAAACAUGGCGGCGCCCUUAUGUGUGAAGGUGGAGUUCGGAGGUGGUGCAGAGCUCCUGUUUGAUGGGGUAAAAAAGCAUCAAGUCGCCUUGCCUGGGCAGGAGGAACCCUGGGAUAUACGGAACCUCCUUGUCUGGAUCAAGAAGAAUUUGCUAAAAGAGCGACCAGAGCUGUUCAUCCAGGGAGACAGUGUGCGGCCAGGAAUCCUGGUGCUGAUUAAUGAUGCCGACUGGGAACUGCUGGGGGAGCUGGACUACCAGCUGCAGGACCAAGACAGCAUCCUCUUCAUCUCCACACUGCACGGCGGCUGAGGCCUCCCCAGUGGGCCCAAGCACCUUUGCAGGGGAACACAGGACAACCACAGCACUCCUCGAUCUGCUUCCAGGUCCUCAGUCCCCCUUGGCUGCCUCCUUCCCUGCUGUACCCCUGAGCUUCCUCUAGGCAGGGAAAAGAGGCCAGGUGCUAAAAAUGAGCCUUUCUGGGCAAGGCACGUGAGCAGGGAGAGCGAAGAGAGAGAGCAGCCGCCUGAGUCCAGCACUCCUCCCAGCAGCUGAGGUGGGGGAGGGUGUUCCUGUGCUGUGUCAGGAGUAGAGGGGGCUCUGUGCCCAGGUGACCCAGCUGCUUGCCACUCAUGUGUCUUGGUGUAUCUAAGCACUGAGUGGUUGCCUGGAAGGCACUCCAGUUCCUGAGACAUCUUCAUGGGGAAGAUAGAUGGGCUGGAGUAACUGAUGAGAAACUCCUCCCUUGCCAAAGAUUAGAAGGGCCUCCGCCUCAGUUUCCCCAUCUGGACACAGAGAGCUCUGCUUGUCCCCCACUGAUGUCAUUAUGGAACCCCAGCUGGGGUCCCCUAUUCAGUGCUCCCCUCCCUCCUCCACCCAGCAGCUGCUCUCCCCCCCACCCCCUUCUCCAUCCUUUGACCCUGGCUGGCCUCCCCCCCACAUAGGCCACCAGAUGGGCUCCUGAGAUACUCUCCAGGCUGCCUACAACUCAUUCUGUUGCGGGUAGAGAAUGGAAGGGAGCAGCCUAACCGUAGGCAGAGGGGGCGGGGCCUCAGCAUGUGUAACUCCAGGCUUCCUGAAACAAGUGGGAUUUGGGUGUGCAGCACCUAGUGGGCAGAAGGCUGUGUGUGUCCCUUUCCUCUAUCUUCUGGAGACUUCAUGCCUGCAGCAGCUGGCCUCGGGCAAAUAAAAAGACUAAGUGACUAGGUUGUUUACUAGCCUUGCUUCACCCUUAAAACUGGUGGGCCCUGUACUCUCUGGGUCUGUGGGUUCUAAUACAAAUGCCCUGUUCUGAGCCAAGGGUUCAGAGAUGGCCUUCACCUGAAAGGUAAAAACAUGAACUGUUCCAAAGAGAGGGUGGAUGAGUAGGACGGUGUGGAUGGGAAGGGAGUGUAAGCCCGUGAUGACCAGCCCACAUUCUAAGCCAGGAUUUCUCACCAACCAGUCCAAGCUAGGCUUUGUUCUGCCAACUGCAGUCACCAGUCCCAGAAGGGGUGGCCUAAGUAAGCCUGCUGAGUCUCAUUACUUCCACAACCUGCAGAAAAAGCUUUAUCUGACCCAAAAUGUUGCUUUUCACUACAUGGCAAUGAGGUGGACUCCUUUACCUUGCAUAGAUGAGAGUGUUUGAUACUGUGGGCCAGUGAUGGGGGUGGAGAAGAGCAGACUCUCAAGGAGAGCAUUCUCUGACGUCUGCUUGGUGAGCUGUUCCCAGCCACUGCCCCACAACAGACCCUUGGGCUUGUGUGCAUAGUAGCAGCCAGUGUUGGGUCCAAGUGCAGCUGAGGGUGUGCUGAGGUCAAGCCUCAUCAUAGUUUUCUCACUGUGACAUUUUUAGAGGGUCAGCCUGUCCUGGUUCCAAGGCUUCAGCUACCAGACAUAAGCACUAGGAUGCCUUCUAGCUGAUGGGUGGGAGGGUGUGGGUAGGGACCUCUUGCUUUUAUGGCACCCCAGUUAAUGCUGAGCAUUUAGGAGGAUGGGCUGAGGAAACCAGCUUUCCCCAUGUGGUGCCACUGCCCAUUCACUCUGGUCCUCUAACAGAAAGGGGUCAGAGACAGGUGACUCACUAAGCUCCAACAGCCCCCUCCCAUGCACCUCGUGGCCCUUGUUUUUGAGGAAAUAAACAAGUCCCACUACCUCC